CAGCCUCCGCCGUAGGGAAGCAGGUGAGCGAAGCCGCCGGGAUGGAGCCCGCAGCGCCGAGGAGAGGAAGAGGUGGAGAAGGAGAGGAGGGCUGUUAGCGGUGACGAGCGACGAGGGAGGAGGAGGCUCGAUCUGGCCCGCCGCAGGGAGUGAGCAGGUAGCGGACCCGGAUCCGGGCGCCGCGAGAGGAUGGGCAACGCCGACUCCAAGCUCAACUUCAGGAAGGCGGUGAUCCAGCUCACCACCAAGACGCAGCCUGUAGAAGCAACAGAUGAUGCGUUCUGGGACCAGUUCUGGGCAGAUACGGCUACUUCAGUCCAAGAUGUUUUUGCUCUUGUUCCUGCUGCAGAAAUCAGAGCUGUGAGGGAAGAAUCUCCUUCAAAUUUGGCUACUUUGUGUUAUAAGGCAGUGGAAAAGCUGGUGCAGGGAGCUGAGAGUGGCUGUCACUCUGAUAAGGAAAAGCAGAUUGUCCUGAACUGUAGCCGCCUGUUGACCCGCAUCCUACCCUAUAUCUUUGAGGAUCCCGACUGGAGAGGCUUCUUCUGGUCAACCGUUCCUGGGGCAGGUCGAGGAGGGGGAGACGAAGAUGAUGAAAAUGCUAGGCCUCUCGCUGAGUCACUGCUUCUGGCCAUUGCGGAUUUGCUCUUUUGUCCAGAAUUCACUGUCCAGAGCCACCGAAAAAACAAUGUGGACACAGCUGAGGAUAUCCAUGCAAUUGACAGCUGUGAAUACAUCUGGGAGGCUGGUGUUGGGUUUGCUCACUCCCCACAGCCCAGCUACAACCAUGAUUUGAACAGGACAGAGCUCCUGAAGCUCCUGCUGACUUGUUUCUCAGAGGUCAUGUACCUGCCUCCCUCCUCAGAUAGCAGCACGAAUCCCUGGGUCCAGUUUUUCUGCUCCACGGAGAAUAGGCAUGCGCUUCCACUGUUCACUUCCCUCUUGAAUAUCGUCUGUGCUUAUGAUCCAGUGGGCUAUGGGAUCCCAUAUAACCACUUGCUCUUCUCGGACUAUCGUGAACCCCUGGUGGAGCAGGCUGCCCAAGUCUUGAUAGUCACCCUGGACUAUGACACUUCCACCAGCUCCAGCCCCACAGUAGAUGGAACUACCACUGGAACAGUCAUGGAUGAUGCUGAUCCUCCGGGACCAGACAACCUGUUUGUCAAUUACCUGUCCAGGAUACACAGAGAAGAGGAUUUUCAAUUCAUUCUGAAAGGAGUGGCCCGUCUACUCUCCAACCCACUGGUCCAAACCUACCUGCCAAACUCUACCAAGAAGAUUCAGUUCCACCAGGAGCUCCUGGUUCUCUUCUGGAAACUCUGUGAUUUCAACAAGAAAUUUCUCUUCUUUGUGCUGAAGAGUAGCGAUGUCUUAGAUAUCCUGGUGCCAAUUCUCUCCUUCCUGAACGAUGCCAGAGCAGAUCAGUCGCGAGUUGGGCUUAUGCAUAUCGGUGUCUUCAUCCUACUGCUGCUGAGUGGAGAGAGAAAUUUUGGGGUUCGGCUGAACAAGCCGUACUCCGUACGAGUACCAAUGGAUAUCCCUGUAUUUACAGGGACACACGCGGAUCUCCUAAUCAUUGUCUUUCAUAAGAUCAUCACCAGUGGGCACCAGAGGCUGCAGCCCCUCUUUGACUGCCUCCUUACUAUCAUUGUGAAUGUAUCUCCGUACUUGAAGUCUCUUUCCAUGGUAGCUGCUAACAAACUGCUGCACUUGUUGGAAGCUUUUUCAACCACCUGGUUCCUCUUCUCCACUGUCCAGAACCACCACCUUGUCUUCUUUUUGCUGGAAGUUUUCAAUAAUAUCAUUCAAUAUCAGUUUGAUGGCAAUUCCAACUUGGUCUAUGCCAUUAUCCGCAAGCGAAAUGUGUUCCAUCAGCUGGCCAAUCUGCCUACUGACUUGCAGUCCAUCCAGAGAGCUUUGCAGCGCAAAAAGAAAGCUCCCGAACCUAUAUCUCGCACCAACUCUCAAGACGGAGUGUCCAUGGAAGGAUCUCGACCAGCUGCACCUGCUGAGCCUGGGACACUAAAGGCCAGCUUGGUAGCAACUCCAUGUAUUGACAAGCUCACCGAGAAAGCCCAGGUGUCUGAGGAUGGGACGAUGCGCUCCCUGGAGCCAGAGUCUGCACAGUCUGCAGCGCAAGGCAGCCCCCCUGGUGUAAUCAGUGAUACAGAAUCUUGGAGUGCGGAAUCAUUGCAGCCCCGGCGAGAACGACGGCGUCUGUCCAGUGCAUCCUCUGUUGGGCAGUGGAAUCCAACUCCUGAAUGGGUCGUAUCUUGGAAGUCAAAGCUGCCCCUACAGACAAUCAUGCGGCUGUUACAGGUCUUGGUCCCCCAGGUAGAGAAGAUUUGCAUUGACAAGGGCCUCACAGAUGAGUCUGAGAUUCUGAAGUUCUUGCAGCAUGGCACAUUGGUGGGGCUGCUUCCUGUUCCUCAUCCCAUCCUGAUCCGCAAAUACCAGGCUAACUGUGGCACUGCUAUGUGGUUCCGCACUUACAUGUGGGGAGUUAUUUAUUUGAGGAAUGUGGAUCCCCCUAUCUGGUAUGACACGGAUGUAAAGCUGUUUGAAAUUCAACGAGUCUAAGGAAUAGGGGAGAGAGGGAGAAACUUGCCUCUGUUAAGAGGGAAACACUGGAAACGAGGAUCUUGCUGUGCGCUUCUUCAUCACAGCUCUUCCUUCAUUUCACUGCCUGCUGAGUGAUCCAAAGGACAAUCACCUCCAUUUACUGACCUGCCACUUUAAAGCCUCUUAAAAAAAAAAUUCCUCACCCCCAGCUCCCAGGGAACUUUGAUGGAAGAAUGUGCAAGAAAAGCUUUGGGUGGUUGCACUGAAAACCAACCCAUAUAUCAUCAUGCUGUUCUUCUGCUUCUGGGUGGGGUUCUGAACCGGACUAGCUAGAGAAGCGAUCUUUUCAUUCCCUGGUCAGAUUCAGCCUUUAGAUUUAAAAUAUGCUGAAUGUAAAGAGUUAUAUGAAACUGGACCAAUGAAGGAAGUGCUACCGCAGAAGGUAGCUCUGUGGUGUUUUUUCCCAAAGAAUGUAUCCUACCACCACUUUUAUGUUGCCCACCUUGCUGGUGUUUUGCUUUAUUGUAACUGCCCAGGGUGGAGUAGUAGCUUUUAUUAGGUGGCUGUGGGGUUCUAUUUAUUUAAGUCACUUCAGGUUAAUCUUCUGGGUCUGGUUGUUUCUUUCCUGUCACUGAAAAUGUGCUUAACUACUUUGUACUGGUGCUGUAAUGUAGCAUCCACAUUCCUCUUCCCUCGUCCUUCCUCCCUUUUAAUGGUGGAUGUAUGUCUAAGAUGCAUCAUCACACUGUGUUUGUUGCAGGAAUUGUUUCUGGGGAAGCUGUUCUGACGUGGGACAUGUGGCGAGAGGGUGGGAGGGGGUGGACCCAUGCUCUUUUUCAGGGAUUUAGAGAAUCAUUUUGUUGUGUUUAAUGAUAUCUGUAGGCAGUAAGACUGCUAGAAUGAAGUUUAAUUAUUUAAGAAGCUGCGCCCUGUGGCUUCUGUUCUGGGUUGCUUAAGCUAGAUUUAUAGAUUCCAAGUUGGGGAGGGGGGGAAUGGGAAUUUCUCCCUAGCAGAAUUCAUGAGGGACUGGCAAAGGCUGGUCAAUAGACCACAUGCCUUUGGAAUGUGUCUCUGAGGAAUCAACAUGAAUUUGAAAAGUGUUCUUACAGAGGAAUGUGAGUUUUCUAUUUUCAGAAUUUGAGAUUUAUGCUUAGACCUGGGUUAGGUAACAUGAGUUAAAUUAGUUUUGUAUCUUAUGAUGCAAACCAACAUCCCCUUGGAAAUAUGGUCCUGGAAUGACAGGUCCAUUUCUGGCUGAUCACCGCUUGAGUCUAAGAUUCUUCAGACUCCCCAGAAGGCUCUCAAAGGGUCCAGGGGCUGCCACCACCAGUUUGGAAUCACAGUUUUUGUUCACUAUGGGUAGCCCUUUCUCACUUAAUAGGGAAUGGGAGAUGUGUUCUGCAGUCAUCACCCCUCUGCCAGCUUUCACCUGACCCUUAACUGGAAGUUCUGCAAUUAGGAAGGCAUUUUCCGGGGGGUGGGGUCCCCUCUUACGGAUUGCUUUUUCUCAAACUUCCAGGUUGUUAAAGAUUGGCAACUGAUGUCAUAGAAAUGUAUGGCUACGUCUGCAGAAUAUAAUACCAAUGUGGUUUGAUUAUUUUGCUCAAGAACAGAACGUAUAUCUUAGGUUAUCCUAAACAGGGUAGGGUAGGCUAGGCCAGGCAACCCCAAACUUCGGCCCUCCAGAUGUUUUGGACUACAAUUCCCAUCUUCCCCGACCACUGGUCCUGUUAGCUAGGGAUCAUGGGAGUUGUAGGCCAAAACAUCUGGAGGGCCGCAGUUUGGGGAUGCCUGGGGUAGGCUAUCCUGGACAGAAUGGGCGAAUUCUAGGUUUUAUCUGGAGUUUAUUCUAAAUAUUUAGAAGAUGAAAAUAGAUGAAGAAUUUAAAGGACAAAUAUCCUUUAUCUCACUCCUUUCUCAUUGGAAAAACUAAUCUAUUCAUCUCACCUUCCACCUCCACUGGCAGACUGAUGUUCAUACUUUCCCUGGAAUGUCUUUGAUUUCUCAAAUGUGAUUUGGUAGUGCUCUGGCAAGGGUCUGGCUGAGUGUAUCACAUUUGCUCUCUGUACCAGACACUGAUUUAUCUCAUUCCUUUUCACACAGAGACGCUUUUGUGAGCACCCCAUAUUUUUAUUUUGUGUUAAUGUGGUUUCUUCCUUGUGAAUUUAUCUUGACUUUUGCAUUCGUUGGUGUUGCAGGUCUGCUCUUUGUUCCAUGAAAAAUCAGAGUUGCACUGUAAACUAUUUGCUUUACAUAUAGAGAUAAAAUUAUCUUAAAACACCGCAAUGGGCUUUCCUCUGUGUCUGUAUCUCCAGAAGGUUUAUGAGC